AAAGAUGAGCAAUGGGCUGAAAUUAAUAAUCGAAUGGCUUUACCUUUUAAUUGCAGCGAAGAGUGGCAAAGGGUUUGGUGCCAAAGAAAAAGCUUUGUUUUUUCUCCAUAAACUAAUUCCGAUUUUGUGUGGGAUCGAGCGCCAUAAUCAAGAAUUCUGAGCCACCUUUUUCUUUCUAUUUGUUUCUCGAGUCUGUCCAACGUUUGUGCCUCUCAAUUGUAAUGCAAUGAAAAGACAACAAACACAUAUCUGAAUUAUUUUUCACAAAAUGCCCUUUCCUCCAUCCAAAAAUGACCGUCAGCACCUUGAUACAUCACAGCACCUUCCCUAUCUCUUUCCAGGGCCCAGUUGUAUGUACUCUGAUCCUCUCUAUUUGAACCGCUAGCAAGAAUUUCCAACUAUUUCUGCUAGAAAUUAGUCUUCAUCAGUAGACCCUGGGAAGCCCAAAUUAUUGUUCUCAUAGUACAUAUUAUCUUCAGUUUUUUUUGCUUUUCUAUAUAAGGUGGUGAUGGUGAUCUGAUGGAGGAAAGAAUUUAACUGGGUUAUGGACUCUUUGUUUUUUUGGAAACCAUAAAUUUUUGCAAUCUCACCCCUUGAUGCACCAUGAAGGCCCUCUCUUAUCCUUUAAUCACCAAAGAAGAUGCUUUUUGUUGGUGUCUUUAUCUAGUUGGAAUCCUGACAGACACAACCACAGCUUAAAGGCCCAUAUGUCUCAAUUUAGUUGAAAGCUGAUCUGCAAGAACCAAGACAAAGAAAGCAUAAGCCCUCACUUUCUCUAUAUAUCAGCAGCAAGUACCGAAGCUUCCCUCAACCAACAUCCCUGCAUAGCAACUAGCAAGCCAAGAGUUAAGGAAGUUGAAGCGAACAAGCAAAGGAUUUAUUUUGUUCAGAAAAUGUGAGAGAUGAAUUCUCUUCUUUCAGUAACCUUUGUGGUUCGAUUCACUGAAGAAACAACGUGGAGCAAAGAACUUAGAAGCCGCUAUGCUGAAGUUCAUCAAUGAGGGUUAAAGAAAACAUCCGAAAUUCAAAAAGGGUAGUAGAAUUUUAAACUCUUCUAUAGGCUUUUGGUGCUUGAGAAUUGGUGAUAUACAAGCUGAAAUAGCAAUGGUGACUCUCCAUCACCGCCCACACCGCCUUCUCCUUGAUACAGAAUCAAGAGCACCAGCAACGAAUGGAGACAGAGCGCGUAGUUCUUUAACCAAUGAAGGCAACUUUGAUACCAGCAUGGUGAUCAACCUAGUAGCUUUGCUUUGUGUACUGAUGUGUGCUUUAGGACUAAAUUCUAUAGUCCGUUGUGCUUUGCGCUGUAGCAGAAGGUCUGAUUUUGAGAUUCCAGAUGAGACUGAGGCACAUCUAGCUGCAACAGGCCUGAAGAAGAGCGUAUUGCGCCGGAUUCCGGUGGCCAUAUAUAGUUCAGGGAUAAAUAUGAAAACUACAGAUUGUCCAAUUUGCCUUGGAGAAUUUAUGGAUGGUGAAAAAGUCAGGGUGUUGCCAAAAUGUAACCAUGGUUUUCAUGUGAGGUGUGUAGAUACCUGGUUGCUGUCACACUCAUCCUGUCCAACUUGCAGGCAAUCAAUGCUAGAGCAGGCAACUAGUUCUGAUGCUGCACCAGAUAUAGAAGGUGGAAUCGAGCUACAUGGGAAUUCAUCAGGAGGACAAGCUGAUGUUCCAGUUGCUGCAGAUGAGGUUGAUUAAUCCUGGCUUUAAAAUAGUUCUUCACCAGAUGAAAAAGGAAGGUGCAAAGAGUUGCUUUUCUUAAUGUUAUUUGACAUUUUUUUAAGUUUAGUUUUGUUUAUGUAUAUGCAUAGAGAGAAACAUUGAUGGCUAAUGAACUGCAAAAGAAAAUAAAAAUGAUACGAGGCUUUGCUGUUUCUUUUCAAGUUUAUUGCCACAGAAGACCAGGCCUAUUGUUUUUUCCAUGAUGUCAGGUGCCAAUUCAUGUCCAAUUGCAUGUGAUUGUGAUAAGACUAUUGGGAAAUAUAAUAGAUGCGCCUGUUUCGACCUUGUAUAGAAAGAAGGAUUGUUAACUGAUGACAAACUCUGAUUUGUUUUAAAGAGUCUAAGGAGCACAAUAAACCAACAAGGAGUUGGAUAAUUUAAUAGGAAGAUUUCAGGUGCACCUGCAAAUGCAACAGAGAGAGACGUCCUUAAUUUCGGUUUGCUCGGUGACUUUCUCCUAAUUGAUUAUUUUAAUUUGAGAAUUGGUCUCUCAGAUUAGGUUUUUAAAUGUGCGGCCAACUGAACAAUGGCUACAGAUGAGAGGCCAUAGAAAAGGAAACCAGUUCUGGGGUUUCAAAUCCAUUACUUGAGUUAUAUUCAUUGCAAAGCAUAUGAUCACUUUGCAAGCAAGCCCUUGUUAUGCUAGGAAAGAAAAUUAAUGGAACACAAGGAAAAGUGCAAUGUACCUGUUCACUUUAGCAUAAGGCAAAUGGAACACAAGUCAACAA